AUGGGCACUCGAGUUUACGGACAAUUGCAUGAUCCCCUGGACCAUGCGACCGGUAUCGAGAAAAGAGAACUGCUGGCCCACCUCGCAGGGGACUGCGACCCUUUUCGCGUAUUGCCCAUCAAGAGAGGUCCAGGCACUCGCGAGAGGCCCAAUCUGAUUCCUAGCUCAAAUCAACAGCGCCUGCUGGGUUGCAAAUGUAAUGAUUAUGUGAUGCAUAUUGAGUACAUGUGGCUGCACAUGGGCGUACCGAAGCGUUGCGGUUGUGGAUACUGGUUCGAGUUGUGUCCGGUAGCUCCGCUUUGA